AUGCGGCCCCAGGCGCUCCCGGGGCUCCCGCGGGCGCUCCCGCUGCUGCUGCUGCUGCUGCUGCUGCUGCUGUCGCCGUCGCUCGCGCCCGGCGCCGCUCCGCGCGCGCCGCGCUUCGACCCCACCUGGGAGUCCCUGGACGCCCGUUCGCUGCCGGUCUGGUUCGACCGGGCCAAGUUCGGCAUCUUCAUCCACUGGGGGGUGUUCUCCGUGCCCAGUUUCGGGAGCGAAUGGUUCUGGUGGUAUUGGCAAGAGAAAAAGAUACCGAUGUACAUGGAAUUUAUGAAAAAUAAUUACCCUCCUAAUUUCAAAUAUGAAGAUUUUGGACCACUAUUUACAGCAAAGUUUUUUAAUGCAAGCCACUGGGCAGAUAUUUUUCAGGCUUCUGGUGCCAAAUACAUUGUCUUAACUUCCAAACAUCAUGAAGGCUUUACCUUGUGGGGCUCCCAGUACUCCUGGAACUGGAAUGCUGUAGAUGAGGGGCCGAAGAGGGACCUCGUCAAGGAACUCGAGGUGGCCAUUAGGAAGAGGACUGACCUGCGUUUUGGACUGUACUAUUCCCUUUUUGAGUGGUUUCAUCCACUCUUCCUUGAGGAUAAGUCCAGAUCAUUCCAACAGCAGCAGUUUCCAGUUUCUAAGACGCUGCCGGAACUCUAUGAGUUAGUGAACAAGUACCAGCCAGAGAUCCUGUGGUCGGAUGGUGAUGGCGAUGCUCCUGACCACUACUGGAACAGCACAGGUUUCCUGGCCUGGCUGUAUAACAGAAGCCCAGUUCGGGACACAGUUGUGACCAAUGACCGUUGGGGAUAUGGUACCAUCUGUAAGCAUGGUGGCUAUUAUACCUGCAGUGAUCGGUACAACCCAGGACAUCUUUUGCCUCAUAAAUGGGAAAAUUGCAUGACAAUAGACAAGUUUUCCUGGGGCUACAGGAGAGAUGCUGGAAUUAAUGACUAUCUUACAAUCGAAGAACUAGUGAAGGAACUUGUAGAAACAGUUUCAUGUGGAGGAAAUCUUUUGAUGAAUAUUGGACCCACACAUGAUGGCACCAUUUCUGUAAUUUUUGAGGAGCGAUUGAGGCAGAUGGGGACCUGGCUAAAAGUCAAUGGAGAAGCCAUUUAUGAAACCCACCCUUGGAGGUCCCAGAGUGAUGAUGUCACCCCAAAUGUGUGGUACACAUCCAAACGUAAACAAAAAUUGGUCUAUGCCAUAUUUCUUGAAUGGCCCACAUCAAGGCAUCUGUUUCUUAGCCAACCGAUAGCUACUCUGGGAGUAACAAAGAUUAAACUGCUGGGAAAUGGACAGCCACUUAACUGGACUUCUUUGAAGCCAAAUGGCUUACUGGUAGAACUGCCGCAUCUAACCUUGCAUCAGAUGCCCUGUAAAUGGGGCUGGGCUCUAGCAUUAACUAAUGUGAUCUAAUUUGCUGCAGAGAGGUUCAUGCUGCAGGUACACUGGAGACUAGAAAAUAUCAGGUUUCUAUAAUUGUAGCACUUAGAGAAAGCAAUUGUAAAACUGGUCAAGGAAAGUCAAGUAAUUAUUUAGGCAAUUCAGACUUUUCCCCUCUUACUCCUUAAUGUUUUUCUUAAAUUACCCAUGUUAACUGUUUUAACUCUGCAGUGUACUUUAGCCAUCAAAGUCUCUUCACAUUGAGUUUAUCUCCAUGUGUGAUUAAGAAGUGGGAAUUUUUGUUUUACAGUAGCUAGGAAUUGGUGGUGGUAAUGACUGACUGAAUUGUGUCUCCUGAAUUGUGUCUCAAAUUCAUUUGUAGCCCUAACCUGCAAUGUGCCUAUAUUUGAAGACGGAGUCUUUGAAGGGGUAGCUAAGGUUAAAUAAAGUAAUAAGAGUGAGAACCUAAUCCAGUAUGACUGGUGUCCUUAUAAGCAAAGAAAGAGACACUGUGGAUGCAAACACACAGAGGAAAGGCCAGGUGAGGACACAGGGAGGAGGCACCAUCUGCAAGCCAAGUAGAGGCCUUAAGACAAACCCAAUCUGCCAACACAUUGGGCUCUCAGCCUUUGGAAUUGUAAGAAAAUAAAUUACUGGGGUUUAAGUCA